AUGUCCUCGGCCGUAGCUGAGCUGGAGAAUUAUCUCCAGUCGAUGCUGGCCCUCAAGGCCCCCGGCGUAUCGGGCUCCAAAAUCCACAGCAUCACCACUCUGUGUACCGCCAACGUACAGAAUGAAUCCGUUCUUAUUCAAAAGAUCUACACACACUUCAAGAAGGCACCGGGCACCCACAAACUGGGAGUACUCUAUGUCGUAGACUCCGUAACCCGGCAAUGGGUAGAAGCUGCACGAAAGGCCGGUCAGCCUCCUGGGAGCUCUGCUCCUGAUGGAACAUUCGCCGCAGGCGUCAACCGUGUCACUGAACUCCUGCCUGUUCUAAUGGGUGAUAUCAUAAACACUGCUCCUCAAGAUCAAAAGGAAAAGAUCAAGAAGCUGAUUGAUAUCUGGGAGCGCGGAUACACAUUCCCAGCCCCAAUGCUCAACUCAUUUCGCGAGAAGCUGAAUACUCCUCAGCAGCGUAAGAUCUCCCGCCCGGGCGCCAAUCCUCUUGGAGGCGUAACCAUGCCAUCUCAACCUCCCAACGGUGGCGCCGCCCCGGAUACUUCGAGUAUCUUGAAGGCGCUCGCGGACAUGGCCAAGCAGAACACUGCGGCGCCAGCGGCCCCCGCGGCCCCGGCCAUGGCAAACCCUCUUGCUGCACUGAACCCUGCUGCUGCAAUCCCGCCCCCCGUCUCGUCCGCCGAUCCAUCCCAGUCCGCUGCGAACCCAUAUGCAGCUGCCGGUGCGAUGGCGAACCCAUUCGCUGCCUUUGGCCAGAACCCGAACAUGCCUCAGCCGCAAAGUCAAAGCCAGACACCCAACCCACUCCCGGCUCAGAACCCCUUGGCCGCCAUGCUCCCUGCAGGUACUGCCAUGCCGCCCAUGGGGGAUGGCAAUGCUCUGUCCCAGCAGCUUCAGCUUCUGCAACUUUUGGCUGCGCAGGGUAUUCCCCAGGAUCAGUGGGGUACUGCCCUCCAAAUCAUCAGCAUGACCAACAGCAUGCCUGGUGGUGGUCCGAUCCCUGGCCAGAUGCCUGGCUUCCCUCCCAUGCCCGGUCAGGCCGCAGGUGGUUGGGGCGAUGCUCAGGGUCAUAAUGAUCGCGACAGAGAGCGUGACUACAACCGUUCCCCUCAGGGAUACCGCCGUCGUUCUCGUUCUCCCGGCUGGGACCGCCGUCGUGAUACCUCCCCUCCCCGUCGUCGCAACAGCCCUGUUUACGAUGAAUACCAUGCAGACUCCCCAGGACGUCGGGGCGAUCCUCGCGAUGGUCGUGGUGGCCGUGGUGGCCGUGGUGGCAACGAUUACCGCCAGCGCAGCCCUGCUGGGCGGAGACGCCGAUCCCCCUCACCCCAGCGCAAGGACCCCAACCUUCCACCUCCCGGACCUAAGCUCAUCGAGUGGGACUACUCAAUCGGACAAGGUAGCAUAAAAGUUCUUAGCCGAACUCUCUUUGUUGGCGGUGUCACCAUUCCGGAGGCUCAAUUGCGCGCACUCUUCAGCAAGUUUGGCAUUGUUCAAACCUGCAUUGUUAACAUCGACAAGCGCCAUGCAUUCAUUAAGAUGAUCAGCCGCCCAGAUGCGAUCGCAGCCCGCGACGGUAUGGAAUCAUACCGCCAAGGAGAGAUGCAGCUGCGAACCCGUUGGGGUGUCGGCUUCGGUCCCGUGACUGCAGCGACUACCAAACCGUGGAUGCUCAACGCCGAGUACGGUGGAACCGGAGGCCGGGCUAUCGAGCCUGGCAUGGUUGUCGAGGAGCCGGAUAUCGAAAUCGGCGCUGGUGUUUCUUCAAAGGCAAUCAGCCGACGCAUCGCGACUGACACUGGCGGCAAGCGAGGCCCUGUCUCCUCCCGCACCAACCCCAACCCCGACAACCGCUUUGGCGGUGGUGGCGGUGGUGGUGGUGGAGGUGGCGGCGGCGGCGGUGGCCGUCGCCAGGACCGUGAUGCUUUCGGUGGUGGUCAAUACGGAGGCCAGGGCGAGCAGGAUAUGUCAAACAUGAACAACCCUGCCGUUGCCCCCGCAGUCCCCGCCUACGGUUUCAACUUCGCCAGCAUGCCCAUGCUGCCUCCCGGAUUCAUGAUGGGCGGUGCGCAAGCCGGCGGCAUGCCUACCACUCAACCUCCUCCACCGGGUCAGGGCAACUAA